CUUUGUAACAUUUGAAAACUUGAGUGGAGUCAGAAUGAAAUACACAACAGGUUUUCUGAAAGUGGUGUGUGCCUGGUUGGUGAUGCUGUUGCCAAGCUUGGAUGCAGGACAUUCGCCAAAGAAACAUACAGCUGCAGCAUUGUGCAGGCCAAAAGAGCUGACAGCCCUCGCCAAAAGUCUAGUUGAAAAAAGCUUGACAAGUUUUGAUGAAGCCAAUGGGAAGCACCUUGGCACUUGGUCUCCUGGCUUCCCUGAGCUCCAUGUGCACCAGAACUCUCCCCUCGUCUCCUCAAAAGUUCAGUGCAGCCUCCUCUUCAUGGCUCAAGGCCUUGGGGAAGUCCUGGAGGACCAGAGGGGCAACCUGAAUCCCAAAGAUGUUUCACUUCAUAAGGAGCUGGAGGCCACCAUCUCCCAAAUCUACAUGCUCGAAAAGUGUGUGAAAAAUAUUCUCGGAGGGGAGUGCUCCUCUAAACCAACUCCACCCAAAAUGCCCAUAUCUGUGUUUGAGAGGAAGCAGUGGAGUCACACUCUGUUGAAGACAGCCAGGGACUAUCUGAACUGGCUGGAGCAUAACGUUCAGGUCCACAUUUCAAUGGUCAAAGGGAGAAAUAACAGAAAACAUAAAGUUGCUGUGGUAAUGCGUCAGAAAUACUAUGAGGGGAGUGGAUACCUCCUGUAAUUUUUUAACAACUUGUGAUGGAGAUGUGGUUACAGUCUAU